AUGCAAAUUUUGCCAAAACUCGACUUCACCAACUCUGCCUUCAACAAUCGAGCCAGCAAAAUCGCGUUGAUUACUGGUGGUGAUGGGACUAUUGGGCACAAGUUUGUCGAACAUCUCAUUACGAGGGGUUGGUUCAUUCACGUGGUAACGUCAAGUCGAACUCGAGCGGAGGAUUUCUUUACUUCGCAUGGAAUUCCUAACGGGCCUGCCACAAAACUUCACUUUCACGAAUGCGAUCUAAGCAAACUUGACAAGGUAGCGCAGUUUGUUGGUGACUUCAAGAAGGAGAACUUGCAAAUUGAUUUGGUGAUUUGUAACGCUGGUGUCUUACAUCCGAGAGAUAUGUGGAACGAUCAAGCUGUCGCUGAUGGGAUGAAUGUAAAUGUAAUUUCACACGCGCUUAUGAUAGAGAGUCUUCAUCCCGUUUUGGCACGCGACAAUCGAAUACUGCUGGUGGGUAGCUGCUGUAGCCACGGGGCUUUCGUGACAAAGCGAAUGAUUAAAUCAGGUACUCAAUUGUUGUACUCGGCGGCAGGACCCUAUCAAGCUUACGCAUCAUCAAAGUUACUCUUGGCUUCUUAUGGGGGAACAAUUAACUUUGUAAGUGUUGUCCCCAGUGGUCUUUAUCGUAAUACGAAUCCAAUCACACGAUUCGCCACCGCGUUUAUUCUACCAUUCUUUUUGAGGAAUGCUGAAGAUGCGGCUCUUCUCUGUUUACACACGGCUUUCCGUGAUGAUCUCCCAAAUGGAUCAUAUUGUGAAGAUGGAAAGGUUGUUCGAUGCGGCACCAAAUUCGAUAAAGAGGAUCUUUCCGCCAUUUAUGGAUUGAUUCAAAAGAGGUUCAAACGGCUU